AUGUUAGAGGAGCGUCAAAAUGACCUUACUCGAGUAACAGAACAGCUGCUUGAAACAGAGAAUAAAUGUAAAAGUCUUAACAAUCCAAUGUCAGAGCGGAAAGAUGUUAUUUUAGAACGAGAUGAAGACCUGUUCCUUCUCAGUGAAGAUAAAAAAUCUUUGGAAUUAAAAGUUACUCAAUUAGAAUUGGAAAUUGAAGAAUUGAAAGCUCAAGUAAAAUAUAUUGACCGUGAUAAUCUAGUGUCUUCUGCAAUUGUUCAAACGGAUUUGACGAGUUCGACAAAAAUGGUUCAAACAGAUGAUAUCCCUAUUUCACUUGAAAAUCAACCUUCUGUAUAUUCUGAUCCGAGUAAAGAUGUAAAACUGAAUAUUCUAUAUGAUCGUAAAAAUUUUCAUCCUAAUAUUGAACAAGAACAUAUUCAUCAAAUAUGGGCAACAUCUACGCCUAAGGAAGAAGAAUCACCUAACUCAACAUUUUUAUCAGAGGAGAAUGAUGCACUUUCAGGAGCUGUCUCAGCUGAGCUCAACAUUUUAUCUAAUCGUUUAAGAGAAGAGAGUGUUCGACUUGCAACAGUGACUGCAAUCGCGACUGCUCGUCAGUCAGUUUGUGAUCGACCAGGAAGUAUUUUAAUUAGUAAAACAAAUGAUAAUGAAGAAACUACUAUAAAGGUAGAAUAUAAUGAAUGUGCCCCUUGGAUUAUUGAAAUUCGUAAUUCCUAUUUUGAUUUGAAAGAAGCAGUUAAUGAAGUGACCAAGAUUAUACAUAACAAUCCAUGGAUUAAUAAAGACCAGUCUACCUUUGAAGAUAGUGAAGAAACAGUGAGAAUGUUUAUGAAUCGACUUUUAGUUUCGUUAACUAAAGCUUUGGAUACCGAUGAAAAACUUUGGAUUUCAGUAAUCACUUCUUCGAUUAAUCAAACUUGUGAUAUACUUCGAAGUAGGACGUUAUCAGUUCCCAAUCCAGGAGUGCAAUUACCCACAGAGAAUAUUUUGUGCCAAAUUAUACAACAUUUGACGGAACGAAUAUCAGCUUUUAUGCGUCGUGAAGAUGAGUUUCGUAAAUGUCUUAUUGAUGUUCUUCAUGUAGAAGAAGCUUCAUUUAAAUCCGAAUUGAAAACCCAUGUUAAUCGUUCUGAUGCUUUGGUCGGCGAAAUGAAUCGUUUGACCAAAGUUGUAAGUUCGUUAUCAGAAGAAUUAAAUAAUGCAAAUAAUCGAACUAAUGAAAUGCAAGGUCAAUUGUGUGAUUUACAAGUUGAUCUUGUUCAUACACAGCAUGAAUUACAAUUGAAGGAAGAUGAAGUUCAGCGUCAACGAACUAAUGUUGAACAGUUAAGAUUACAAUUAUGUAAAGAAAAUACACAAACAGAGAAAUUUCGUACGGAACUUGAAACAUUACAGUCAGCUAAGAUUCAAGCUGAAAAUGAAUUGUCAUCAUCAAAUAAUUUAAUUCAAGAAUUGAAAAUAUCAUUAACAAAUGAAAAGAAUCGAGCUCAGUCAUUAAAAAUUGAAUUGGAUCAAUUAUAUGACCAAAUUAGGAAGAACACUUAUCAAACUACACUAAUGCCAAAUAAUAUUAAUAAUAAUUAUGUUAUUGAUGAAAAUAUAACUACGGCUAGUGAAAAUAAAGCACCUAAUGAGUGUUCAUCAAAUCUUAAUCAACGUGUCUAUGAAGCGAUAAAUCUCGCUACAAUUCAUUUAGCAUCUACUCGACGUGAUACAAUUAAAUUACAAAAUCAAGUCAAAGAAUUACAGACGACUGCUCAUGGUUUACGCUUAAAUCUCGCCGAAGCAGAACUUCGUCUUAUGCCUACUUUGACAUCUGUACUGCCAGGUACUUUUAAUCUUUCAGGUAUUAAUAAUACAUCACAAUGUUCCAUGAUAAAACAAUCAGCUACAAAGAAAAAAUCGCCUGUUUGUGGAGAUCAGUCAGAAUUGACAAGUGCCAAGUUUACUAAACUAAAAAAUGUUUGCGUAGAUUUACUAUCACGCGUUGCAGUGGAUGAACGUAAUGAUUAUCUACAAAAGGGUGAUGAUAAUGAUGAUCAUAAUUCUGAUUCACAUUCAUCAGACGAUGAUAGUAUUGGAGAGAAUAUUUUCAUUGGAUCUGGAAUCAUAAAUUCUUUAAAUCGUGAUGGUGGUUAUCGUUUAGAUGCUGAACGCGACGAAUCCUCAUUGAAUAAUGGUAAUAAUAACUGUGGCAUACUCAAUAAAGGAUCUUACAGAUCUAAUAAGGCAACUAACAGACGAUCUACUGAUACUCUAAAUAAUUCACUCCAGUCUACAUCUGACAGUCACGUGAAAACUAUAAAUAUGGCAAAUUCGAAUAAGAUAAAUAACUCUGUCCAAACUUUACCCAUUAUGACAACUAAUGUAAUACCGUCUUCACCAAGUGUUCAUAUUAAUCAAACUGUGUCUAUGGAACAAUAUUUCUCGCUAUACGUCCGUUUUCUUCGUGCUCAAAGCUAUCGUCGUUCACUAUCAUUCCAAAAACAUUAUUUACUUCUUCUUUUGGGUAAUUUUCAAUAUACAGAAAAUGUAGUAGUUGCAAUUCUUGGAUGUCCUGAAUCUCGGGGCACCUCACAAACAGAUCCUAAAAAUAGAUCUUCACAAGUGAACUUAAGCCCACUCCGAAGAUUUCGUACCAUAGGUCGUGUUUUCCAAGUUAUUCAUAGAAUGAAACUUUUAGUCAAUAAGUGGCGACGUUUAGAUAUACCUUCUAUGGAAUCAACUCCUAUUAAUAAUAAAAUUUUAUAUAUGCAUACAACAACUCCAACUUCAUAUUAUGCACCACCAUUCCAAAAUAGGUCAUUUAGUUCCACUUUAGAUCGUAACAACCGAAAUAAUCGAGUUCCUAACGGGUCUUUACGAACACCUUUGAAAGAAUUACAUGCGGAAGAAUCCAACAAUACAUAUUCAUCUGUACUACAAAAUUCUUCUCUUUUCAAUGGAAAACAAUGUUUAUCAAAUUAUCCGGUUCAUACUCCUAGAUUGUCACAAAUUCAAACUUCACCCAGUGGUUACAGUUCAUUGUUGGAAAAUCAAACAAUCUCUACCGGUUCUUCACAUCGGCGGCAACCAUAUUCAUCAUUUAAUCUAUCAACAACAACAAAAACGCCAACAACAAUUGCAAUCACUCGACAACUUCCUGUUACCUAUAUUCCAAUUAAUAAAUCAAAUUUUUCUUAUGAUCGUCCAUUUACUAGAAAUUAUCAUCAACAAUCUUCUUCAUCUUCAUCUAGUCUAUCUAUUGAGAAUCGACAUCGUGUUUCUUCAGUUUCCUCUUCCAUUUUUUGUCGAGUCGAUUCCAUUCAAACACAGACAUUACGAACUUCAAGUCAUAAUCAUCAUAGCAGAAAUCAAAUUAUCAGUACAAAUAAACGUCCUAGUUUUAGCUAAUUGAUUAGUUAUUCUUAUUAUUUGUUUUUGAAUGGAAUCCGUUGACGUACAAUCACUGUGUAUAUCCGAAUAUAAUUAUAGGCAAGUUGUAUAAUAUAGUGGAUUUUAUUUUCAUUUUUAUGAUUUUUUGAAAUUCUUCUAAUCUUCUCUCUUUGUUAUUUUACAAUCUUCAUCCAUCUGCUCAUUCGGUUGUUCAUUUAUUUGUUUUGAGAACUUUUUUUUAAAGAAGUAAAUCUUAUUCUGUUCUCAGAUUAUGUUUUUUUCUAAGAUGAAAAUAUUGCAUAUUAUGUAUGUAUUAAUACUACUAUUAUUAUCAUUAUACGUAUGAGUGAUGAUGAUACAACUAACGCGACGCAUUUAGUGUGUUCUCUUUUUAAGAAUUAAAUAAACAUCUAUCUAUCUAUUUUACUGUGUACCAAUUGACCAUAUGAUUCUAUUUUGUUCAAUAAGUAAACUAUGUUUAUGAACAAAGAUAUAGAACAUUAAUGUUAAACCGAUUAUGGGAAUAUCCCAUUAUUAUGAAUUUAUAUGUUAUUACUAUUAUUAUUAUUAUUAUGAAUAUUCAAUAAUUGAUACCGUUGUCAAUCUAGCCAACUUUUUAUAAAUUUUCAUUAUCGAACCUAAUACAUGAGAUUUUUAAGUGCUCUAUGUUAUUAAUCUGUUUUCCAGAUGUGUACAGUACUCGAUUUAUAUAUCUAUCUGUGUAAACUAGUUCUUUGGUUAGUUAACUCUCCCUUUGUGUACAAAAUUUACUACCCUUCAAUUGUAUAAGAAAUAUAUAACUAAAUCUGAG